AGAGAGAGAGAGAGAGAGGAUCAGCUGAUGUCCAGCUGACGCGUACAAUACACGUCCCACAGGCCACAGUGGCAGACACGCAUUGACAGACUAGUCCUUCAGCUGGUGCCUUUGUUUUGCUUCGCUGAACCACCUGUAACAUCAAGAUCAAGCCACGUAAACAAGGCAUCUCAGCCUUCAAGAAGGUUAGGCUUCCGCUCCAACCCCAACCUACAGAAAACAAAUCAACUCUACCGCACAUAGCCUGAACACCUCACCACCGCAGCAUUCCAGACCUUUGGGACACUAGAGGCUGUGACACACAGCCUGCACGGCCCCAACAAACUCCCAAGAAGAAGGCGGCGGCUCUCCGUCCUGGGCACUCAACACUCGACCUACCCACCCUCCUGGCGGCUUAAGGCUUCCACCCCUCCUGGCAACUUGCUGGCCUUCGCCUUAGCUGUGCCUUAUUGUGGAAGAUCGGCGAGCUACCUCGCCUGUGAUGACCCACACUGGACUACCACAGGGCUCUACAGAUCUUCGCGACACUAACAACAAGCAGGUGUAUGCAGUUAGGCAGUGGGCAUCUUGUGACCAUACUGUAGAAGUUAUUUGUGGAAGUCAUGAUUGCAAUUCAAUAGUGAUCGUCAUAGAAAUGGAGAGUGAAGAAAGGAAUUGCAGCCAUUUUUCCAAGUGUUAUUUUCAAGUUUUUCUAGAAGAUGAAGAAGAAACUUCAUUAUUUAUGGACAGUUGGAUUUAUCUUGACCAUGAAGUAGAUGAGGAGCUGUCUUUUGACAAAGAAUGCCAGUCUUCUGAUCAAGAUCCAACAGACAUCACAAAGAAAUUAGAAGAUAAGAAUAAGUUAAGUCUGGCUGAAUCAUUCCCAUGUAACUCAUCAGCAGAAGACAAAAAGCAUAAUUUCUCUGUGACAGUACCUCAUUUUCAUAUUUCUGAUAAAUCUAAAAACACGAAUAUCCAUGAAACUUCAAUAGAAUAUACACAAGAAGAUAGUGAUAGUAAAAUUACUUGCACAGAUGCUUCAGAAGUGGUAUCAUCAGAGGCACCUCAUCAGGUUUUAUGCAGUCAAGCAGAUAUCAGUGAACACACUAUGGUUGUGUGUAAUGUAGGUGAAAAUAGUGUUGAAAAAUCAGACAGUAGUGUUGUUGCAUCACCAGACACAAUUUCUGAAUCUUCUUUAUCUAUGGUAGUUGAUGGUACCAUAGAUUUUAAUAAAACCCAUGCGCAGUUAUCAGAUGUGUGUAGUUCAGAUGAAAAUAUUGCUAAAUCAACUGACACUAUCUCCAAAUCAUUGUCAUCUAUGGUAAUUGAUGCUGAUACAGUUAGUGAUGAAACUAUUAUAUACUCUUCAGAUACAUGCAGUGAUGAAACCAAUGCAUGCUCUUCAGAUCUGUGCAUUUCAGAAGAUAGAAAUACUACUGAAACAAUUGCUAGUGAUGCUGAUAAAUCAUCAGAUAUUAUUUCUAAAUCACUGCAAUCUGUGUCAGGUAAUGAUACCAUAGACUGUAAUGAAACCAGUACACACCAAUCACUCAUGUAUUGUUCAAAAGUAAAAAGUGAAUUACCUGACAUUCAUGCUUCCAAAUCAUUCCAGCGUGAGACAAUGAAUUCUGGUAGGGACUCCAGUAAAAUUUAUAAGUAUUCUACAAAUAUGUGCAGUGGAAAAGUGAAAAAUAUUAAGGAAACUUAUCACACUCAUGUCUCUAAUGCUUCCUCACCUGAAACAGUUCAGUUGAUCAUGAAACCAUUCAUGAAGUCAGAAAGUAAUUGUUCUUCCAUAAGAAAAGUAAAACCAAUUUCUUCUGAGAUUCAAAAGAAAAACUUCCCUGAAGAUACAGAGCUAGUAAUUGUUGGUGAUGAUGAUGAGAUACCAAUAAUUAUUUCUGAUGAUGAGACACCAACAGUUGUUUCUAAUUACAAGGACCUUGAUAUCAGUGAUAUUGAAAUAAUUUAUGUUGAACCACAUCAGUUAAGUGCUUCUACUGACAUCAAAGAUAAAAAGUAUCCUUUGGGCAAGAAAAUGAAAUAUGAACAUCAAGAGAGAGAUUAUACUAGUUGUGUUAUUCCCACAAAUUAUGGUAGUGCCAGUGAUUUGAUGAUAUCUAAGGAAAUUAAAGUGUCACAACUCACAUCCCACAGACCACAAAAAGUAAAGGGCCAUCCAAAGACUUCAGAGGGUUAUUGGUCAGAUGUAAUCCCUAAAAGAAAAAAAUACUUUUCAGAUCCAGAAAUUAUAGAUUUGGAACCAUCGAAACCAAAAAGAAAAAGGAAAGAGCAUAAAUCUGGAAUUUCUUUUACUGAUUUAAACCAUACAAAAAGUGUUUUCAUUCCUAAUGAAAAAAAUUUAGGAAGAUUUGGACAAAAAUAUGCACAUAAACAUAACAGAAGUGACUUAAAUUUAUUGACAUGCAAGUCAGAAAAAAAUAGAAAAACAUUCAACUAUUAUAAUUGUUGAUAUGAAUGAUGCUGAAAGUCUGUUUAUUCUUAAGUGAAAAAGGAAACACAGUACAGUAAACCCCACAUAAAUCAGACCAUUUUGAGGGAAGGCCAAGUUAUCUGAGAAUCAUAGUUACCUGAGUACAUAUUUCUCUCUCUCUCUCUCUCUCUCUCUCUCUCUCUCUCUCUCUCUCUCUCUCUCUCUCUCUCUCUCUCUCUCUCUCUCUCGUUUCCCUAAUUUAUCAAGGCUAAGAUGGUGCUUCAUAAGAAAGAACUUUGAAUUUGGAAUUUGAGAACUUGUAGUCUCAGUAGUUGCUCUUCCUAUCGUCAGAUUGUGUCCAGGAUUCAAACCUGUGCACCUGAGGUCCCCAAUGCCUCUGAAGUUCAGGUGGUCCUGGUGUGAUAUGUGUGAUUUGUGAAAGUUUCUGUAACUUUUUUUUUUUUUUUUUUUUUUUUUUUCACGAGUGGUAUAAGACUGAGUGUUAAAUAUUUUUCAUAUAUGUACAUUAUGUUGGGAUUUGUUUAGCUUUAUAUUUACACACAUAAUUGUAUAAUUUUCCUUAAUUAUUAAUUACUUACUUGUUUCUUUUCUUGGGCAUAGGAAUAAAUAAAGUUAUGCCCAUACCAAUUAUCAUGAGGCCUUACAUAUUGUAAUCUGUAAUAUCUUGAAAUAAAUAUAUUUUUGUACAAUA